AAAAUAUAAGGGAAGCAACCCAGAUGUCCAGUUUUGGGUGAACAAGGAUGCUAGAUAGCGGCAGUGCCAUCUGCAGGGGUGGUCAGGCAGGUGCCAGCGGGGGUGUUGUCCCCCCUCAUGCUGUCCUGAACUGGGAGAAUCAGGGAAGGAAAGGCUGAGGUGAUUCACACAUGAGUCAACAGCUAUCAGCUAUAUAAGCCUGACCACUCAUGGAGCCUGGGCAUCAUACAGUCCUCAGAUCUCAAAGGUGUUGCUGCACUGGUGCCAAGUUUAAGACCACUCAACACAGGAAGCAUGUAUUUUUCAGCUCUUCUCUACCCCUGCAUUUUGGCCAUGCUCAGUCUGGUUCAUGGCAUUCCCAUUCAUUCAGAUAGCCUGAAAAACUUGGUCAAACUGCAGGCAGACACCAUCAUCAUCAGAAUCAAGGAUCACAAUGCGGAGCUGAAACUAUAUCCAAAGCUCCUCAUUGGGGAUCCAGAACUUUACCCUGAGGUUCCUGCUGAUAAACCCAUCCAAGGCCUCGGGUCUAUCAUGGACACCAUAACUACCUUCCAGAAGGUUCUCCAAAGGCUGCCCAAGGGGCGUGUUAGCCAGAUACAUAUUGAUUUGUCCACCCUUCUGGGUCACCUCAAGGAAAGAAUGACAUCUAUGCAUUGCACAUCCAAGGAGCCAGCUAAUGGGAGGGCACUGGACGCAUUCUUGGAGGACAACGCCACCCACCACAUUACUGUUAGGUACUUAGCUUUAGACAGACUGAAACAGUUCAUGCAAAAGCUGAUAGUUAAUCUGGACCAGUUGAAAAGCUGCUAAUUUGAAAUGAUUGUAAUAUUAUAAAUAUACUAUUUAUUAUAUUUAUUUAAAACCCUGUAUAUUUAUAGACCAAAGCAGCAUUUUGCCACAUUUUAAUAUGUACAAACUUAUUCCCAGAUAUUAAACGGUAAGCUAAAAAUGCUGUCGUGACGUCAUGGCAUGCCAAACCAUCUGUCCUUGCUAUGUAAACACUAGCAAUCUGACACCUGCACACAUUGCCAUGUCAUACUUCAUGCUGUUUGCAGGAUGACAUCAGCAUUUGCUGAGCAUGAUCAAUGAUGUCACUGUGUUUACCAGAAGCAGCGAGGUCAGACUCUGCUGGGAAGCUGGAAUCAUGUUCCCAUUUUACUUCUUGCUGCAACACCAGCAUUGUACACUCGCCAAAAGAAAGGUACGAAAGCUGUUACUGGGCGGUACCUUUUCGAAAGGCAUAAAUAUGUACCACUGCACAGGUGUCAAACUCAAUUCCCGAAGGGCUGGAGCCCUGCAGAGUUUAGUUCCAACAUUCAUACCAUGGCGUUUUCAAAUAAGCCUGAAGGACUUGAUUAGUUGGAUAAGGUGUGU